AUGAGUAGCCAGGGAGCAGCACCGGGGCUUCGAGACAGCCCGGCCAAACCAGUCGAUGCGCGACUUCGGCUCCGAGAACCCGAUGGUCAGGUGAGCCCGCAGAAAGACGCCCACACCCGAGACGCCAGUGUGCUCAAGCGCCAAAAACCCACCAACCUACAAUUGCGAGAUGGCAGUCAGCAGUAUGCAAGCGCGUGGUCACCCCGUCUCUGCGGGAUCGUCGUCGGCGGCUCUGGUUUGCCUGGCGGCGUUACGCCACAGCUGGCGUUCAAGAAAGAAACGGUCUGCAAGCAAUUGGGUGCCUACAAGGGCACUAGUUAA